CGCAAUUACCAAAGUGCUCUUCCUGUCGGUCACAAACGCAUUGUUGUGAAGGUGCUGAAUGUUUUCAGUUGGCAGAUUGGAUCGGUGGAAGAAAAAAGCUUUAGACUCUGCUUUACUUCACAACAAGUAUUAGAAAAUGUGUGCACCGUAAUUCUGCCUUUAGAGGAACGAGUGUCUCUAUUUGCUUCUCCAAAAGUCUGCACGAUUUGGAGAGCUAAGGCCCCCCCACAUCCAGCUCAGGAAACUCCGGGCCCUCUGCUCUUCCUCCGUGGUGACGCCACUUAAUCACACUGACGGAGCUCUUAACGGACUUCACACGUCUCCGCCUCGUCCCUUUCUUCAUCUCCUCCUCCUCCUCCUCAUAUGAUCGGCUGUGUUCUGCCCAAGUGAUGUAGGGUCACGGGAAUGGGGGAACACCUACCAAGGAGAAAACACGCACGCAUUUGCACCACACACACUCAGAGCUCAUUUACUGCUGAAGGGAACUGGUGGAGCAGCGAUUUUCAAAGACCAAGUGUUUAAAUGGCUUGAAAGGGAAGAAAAUGGACCCAUAAUCCCUCAUUUCUGAGCUUGAAGGGAACAAGAAACAAGCAAUGAUAUUAAGAAUGAAGAAAGGAUAUAAAACAUGGGAUGAGCUAAAAUCGAAUGUCUUAUCUCUGGUUGUGUCCUGACUGAGACCCCAACUGGACCUUUAACCCUGGAGGAGUGGGGGUGUCAGCUGGGAGAACAUGCAAUGCACCACCCUCACGACCCUGCUCACUGGGGUCAUGCUGUACCUGGGGAUGGGGGCGCUUGUUUUCGUCACCCUGGAGACCCCCAACGAGAAUGUUACACACAAAAACCUGCUACAAGCCAAACAGCACUUCCUUGUGAAUAACUCCUGUGUCUCAGAAGUGGAAUUCCAUGAACUUGUGAAGGAGCUGGUGUCUGCUGCUGAGGCAGGUCUGGACGUUAGCAACCUGUCUGCCAACCUGACCAGCCGCUGGGACAUGGGCUCUGCCUUCUUCUUCUGUGGUUCCAUCAUUACCACCAUAGGCUUUGGGAACCUGUCACCUCGGACGUGGUUUGGCCAGUUGUUCUGCAUGUGCUAUGCCCUGGUUGGCAUCCCAAUGUUUGGCAUCCUGCUUGCCGGAGUGGGGGACCACAUGGGCACGAUGCUACGGAAAGCUGUGGGCAAGAUUGAGACCCUGUUCUUGAAACGUAAGAUCAAGCCCAACACUGUGCGUGUGAUCUCGGCAGUUCUCUCCAUCCUGAUUGGCUGUUUGAUCUUCCUCGCCGUGCCAACAGUUGUGUUUCAGAGAGUGGAGAAAUGGACGUUUCUGGAGUCGCUGUACUUUGUGGUCAUCACCCUCACCACUGUUGGAUUUGGAGACUAUGUGCCAGGGGGAGGUUAUGAAGAUGGUACCUUCUUUAAGCCUCUGGUGUUGUUGUGGAUCGUAUUUGGGCUCGCCUACUUUGCCUCUAUCCUCACCAUGAUUGGUAACUGGCUGAAGAUUCUGUCCAAGAAAACCCGCGCUGAGAUGGAGGAGUUGAGGGUGCACGCCACAGACUGGACCCAGAACAUGGACUUCCGCAUCCCAAACCCUCUGGAAUUCAACGACCCGUUCCUCCUUCAGCGCCGGCGUUGGAAACGCAGUGAGCGUCGUCGCAUACGCCGGGGAGCCCAGGGCACUCUGGGAUACUGGGGAGGAUCUGAAAAUGGACACCUGCCAAACCGCUGGGCUGGCCUCUCCAGCUCCAUGAGCCAGCUGGAUGCUCGCUCUUCUCUACAGAGGGCUGCGGAGGCAAAGUCUAGGCCACGGGUGAGAGCAGCCGGAGGGGGAGCGGUCAUGAGAGUGGCGGUAGGAAACAGAGCAGACCCUGGUGUGGGUGUGGGUGUGCAGGGGCAGGGAAGGUCUUUUCACCAGCUGCUGGCUCGCUCCUUCUCCCUCCCCGUUGCCCGAUCCACCUCACAGCUGGACUCCACAGCUGCAGCCAUGUACGAGGGGUCCCCCUUUGGAUCUGAGUCUCAGUUUGACUCUAGGUCAGAGGGAUCCUCGGUUUCUCUGUCAUUCUCUGUGCUCCCAGUCCUCCAGCCUAUCAGCAGAGAGGAAGAUGCAGACAUGAGGGUUACACAAGUCAACACCGACCAAGAGACACGCAAACAGAUUUCAGCAGAGAAUUUGGAACUCAGAGCAAACAGUUGCCACAAUGAGUCACCUGUUGAAAGUUUUCAGUCUCGCUCCACCCCUCCUCCCACUGAACUGCAACUGGUGUGUCCUCCUUCCCCUCCCGACCCCAUCACCCCCUCACCAGACUGCCAGUUGUUGGAUUUCUUUGGGGAGAACUUAGCAUACAUUGACGAGUCUUCAGACACGCUGAGCGAGCUCGCCCAGUCGACAGCGAGCAAAGAGAAGAGGAGUCGCCCUCGAAAAACCAAGAGGAGGAGCAUGAGAAGAGAGCAGCCACACAACUGGAGCCCCCUGCAGGUGAGGAGGCCCAGCAUGCAGCCACCAUCCAAUCCCCCAACGCCACCUCCAGACUUUUCUCCUCCCGAGAUCCAAAUUGACCUGGCUCUCUGACAAACAGAAUCACAACCUGGGGCUGAAGUCCCGCCUGCAGCACUGUUUUCUCCAAUUCAGUAGAUUACUUUGUCAGCUUCAACGUAAUGUCUUUGGUUUUUCUGUAUUAUGGUUUUGGUGCUAUGACCCUCAGAAGGAGGACUGUGCCAGCUUUCCUCAAUUUAACCCCCUUAUAAAGAAGGUUCCUGUGGCCGACAGACAGCUGAAAUGUUCUCCUCAUAUCUUCUAGAACAUUCAUGGUAGGCACACAAGACUUUAUACAGAUGACCGCCAAGGCCUUCUGUUGCUCACACUUUUUUAAUUUUUUGAAUUGGUGCAGUGCUUUUCAAAUGGUGAUGAUAAGUUUGACAGCUCCAAUUUCAUUUCUGAAGGACAGAUUUAAAGGAUUCUCUCAUUAAUAGGAGUACAGCUGCAGGCCUCCAACAACAGGGAAAAACACGGGAAAACAGUGCUGCUCUCUGAUUAGCUCAUUGUAACGAAUAGUCUCAUUUAAAUGAAUAUGAAAAGCCUAAUAAUGAGCGUAUAACAUACUGCUGUUUCUAAUCUUUCUGAGCUCUCUACACUUAAAACUAGCAGCAUAGCUGACAUUUUAACAACUGUCAGAAGGCAGGAACUGCCCCCUCCUUUGCUGCUUUCUGAUUGGCUGAGAGUUUUCGAUCGUCUUCAGCCUGAAAUAGGGUGACCAUAUUUCCAUUUCUAAAAAAGAGGACGGAAGAUCUGUGCCUACCGAUGAUGUCACACUAGGGCUGGGCGAUAUGGCCUAAAAUCAAUAUCACAAUAUAUUGAGGAUUUAACCUCGAUAACGAUAAAUGGAUGAUAAAUACAGGUAUGUGCAGAAACAAAAGUUGUCACUAGAUGGGGCUGUCACAUGUAUUAUGAUGAGUCAUUUUGUAUCACUUAUGGUUUUAUAAAAUGUGCAGUGGAGAUAAAUCUACCUACAUUUUACUUUCAAA